AUGUUUGUCUUCGGCUUCGAAGCGACCAAGUUCACCCACAUCGAAACCCUCGAUGGUCGACAAGGCAGUAUCAAUAAUGUGCCUGAUCACUCCGGACACGCCCGUGGCAGCAACGACGAGGAGAAACGACCGAAGACGCUGGCCGCUGACACGGAUGUUGAGCUUGAUACACCACCCAGGAACCUCAGUGUGGUCCAUCUCAAGCCCAACAUCCCACGAAAGACAUACUGGCAGAAGCUUGCGCUUACAACGACUUCGCCUGGCAGCUGGAUCAUUGGAGACGCACCUACUGGCUUGACGUUCGUACGGAACACCUUCAGCACAAUCUUUGUUUUUGCCAUGCCUGCUUGGAUCGCUGGCGUGGGCACCGCGAAUGUCUUCAACACCAUUGGCGCUAUCGGGGUGCUCAUGCUGUCUUUUGUGGCAUUCUUCAUCUGGCGCGGUAAAGACACACGAGUGAAGACGGCGAAGGUGUACAGAUAUCAUGCUGUCCGGCAAUUUAAUGGCAGACCCCUGUGA